AUGGUGGGGAGCCCGCUCAAGAGGCGCUCGACCCCCGGCAUGAGCGGGAUGCGGUCCAUCACGUUCCGGGGCGGCAAGGACGGGGCGGGCAAGGGGCGGGAGGAGAGCAUGUGGACCAAGCUGUCCGCGCUGCACGAAGCCAUGCCGAUGCACCUGCGGUUCGGCAAGCCCAAGCUGCGGUCGCCCGCGGAGCUGGUGGCCAAGACGAACGCUGCGCUGGGCGUGCUGACGUCCGUGCAGAAGGACCGGGCCGUGGACAAGGCGGUCGAAGACGUCGGACGCUACGUGGAGCAGAUGAAGGUCCAUGUCUUCGGCAACGACGACCACCCGGCGUCUAAGGAGAACGUGCUGGCCCUGGCGGAGGAGGUGUGCAACCAGGGUCUGCUGCUGGGGCUGUGCCAGUGUCUGGGGGAGCUGGAGUUCGAGUCGCGGAAGGACGCGGCGCUGGUGGUGGGGGCGCUGGUGCGGGUUAGCGACGACGACGACCGGUUCCCCGCGGUGGAGUACGUGAAGGAGCACUCCGUGAUCCUGGAGUGCCUGUUCAGCGGGUACAAGGACCAGACGAUCGCCCUGAGCUGCGGGAGCAUGCUGCGGGACUGCAUUCGGCACAAGAGGCUGGCAAGGCGCGUGUUGCACAGUGAGUGGGUCCUGCAGUUCUUUGUGGAGAUCGAAGAACGCAAGUUUGAGGUUUCUUCCGACGCUUUUGUCACCUUCAGGGACCUCCUGACACGACACAAGGAUCUUGUUGCACAGUUCCUGGAUGAAAAAUUCGACGAGUUCUUCCCCAGGUACAACCAAUGUUUGCGAUCUAAAAACUACGUGACCCGAAGGCAGCUUCUGAAGCUGCUGGGUGAGCUCUUGCUUGAUCCUGCAAACGUGGCAGUCAUGCUGCGUUACGUGGGCGACGUUCAGAACUUGAUAUUGAUGAUGACGUUGCUCAAGGACGAGUACUCGAGCAUACAGUAUGAGGCGUUCCAUGUCUUCAAGGUUUUCGUGGCAAACCCGAACAAACCGCAGGCUGUUGUGGAUAUCCUGUCGAAUAACAAGGCCAAGCUCCUCAGAUUUCUUGGUAACUUUCAUGACGACCAAGUUGCCUCUGAAGAGGAAGAGACCCAGUUCAGGAACGAAAAGGGACUCGUCAUCCAGGAGAUCACUAAUCUUGGCGUGGAGAAAAAGAAUGGGCAGGCAUAG